GAUUCUGCGUUUCUCUCUUUUCAAGUGCUGCCACAUAGACCCGAUCGGCUGUUGCCUAGAUACUAGACCUACAUUUUUAGUAAACACAUCGAGGGUAGCAGGGAGGAAGAUGAGCUUUAUGGUAUAAAGGAGAAAUGCCGAAACCACAAAAGGAAACGAUCAGCAUACCUCCGCCUGGGCGAUGGAACUGGAAUGAUGAAACCCAAGCCCUCGAGUUCACCAGUUUUAGUACAUCUGUGGAGGUAAAAGAAAAGAGAAAAAAGACUAAACCUGUCAAUUUUCAAGAUCUUGCCAGCAAGCGUCCAGAGAGGCAAACGCAGUCAUCGGCCAAGAGGGGGGGACAAAGCAGCAGGAAGACUGUGGGUCCUGCUCAACUCAAUGCCUACAAGUCCUCAGUAAAACGGGGUCAGAGGGACUAUGUGACCAUCGAGGAUGUGAAACAGGUGGCACUCAGUUUGCUGCAGGAGAAUGAUGCACUCCCCAUUCCAUUUAGCUUCCUGUCUGUGUUGAAGAGCAGAGAGCUGGAUGAGUUCCUGGCUGCCCUCCUGCUCUACCUGUCCUGUUACUUUGAGAGGAAGUCUCUGGAGAAGAAGCCCAAGCCUCUCAUGGCUGAGCAGAGUAUCACAGAGAAGCAGGUGAUGGCGGAGACCCUUGCUAAGGUGGAGCUGGCCCAGAAGCAGCUGGCCUUCUGCUACUCCAGCCUGGUCCUGGGCCUGGGCCUAUCCCAGCAGCACCACAUGGCCUGUGGCAGGAGCCGUGUGUCAUUGACCUACAAAGACAGGCAGUUGUAUGAGUGUCUGUACAGCUUCUUCUGCUACGUGGCGUGGGUGACGUUCAGUAGGAAGGACCUGAGGGGCAUCCAGGAGGAGGUGGGGCGCCUGCUGCGUUCUGACACCUUCAACCCCGCCCUCAGGAUCAGGAUAGAUGCCACAGAGGACAGCCUGGCCCAGGACUCCUCCAAAGAGGGACAGACUGAGCCCAAAGUGCACACACAGAGCCACAAUGCCCCAGAGCAAAGGAAGUCCCAGCGUCGUCCGGCCUUGAGUAAGAUGGUGACCCAGCGCUCCCCGGUCAUGGUGUCCCUGCUGCCAUAUCCGCGGGAGGAGGCUCCUCAUCUGUUCUGCCGCUACAGACCCAGGAAGCAGAGCCAGGCCAAGCUGUGUAACCCAGAGACCCUGAUGGAGGAGCUCAAAGAGCAGCUGGCCUCUGUCAGCUUUGGGAUUCUGGGGAAGCCUCUGAGCCAGUUCAGCUGCACCACCCUUAUGCCCCAGGGAGCCAACAAUGAAGAGGAGGAGGAGGAAGGAGGAGGAAGAUGACGAUGAUGAAGACUCCGGCGUCCAUGUUCGAAGCAGUAAGAACACCUUCGUGGCUCAGAGACCUGUCGCAUCAGCAGUGGACCAACGCGGCAGCCUCAGCCGCACCAAUACAGUCAUCUCACGGGCCACCACAGAGGGAGUGUCCUCAGACACAGAGUGAGAGUAUGUGCGCGUCCCCCAAAAUUUGACCAAUAAAAAAAAGAACAAAAACAUAUAAAAUGAUGUAUCUUUAGUCACUGUGUUUCAUAAUUGGCCUUCAAUUCGCAUGUGGCUGAAUGUAUCUCACCAGAGAAAGCAUCCGAUCGAGCGAAACGGCACCCAUCUGUCUCAGUAUAUGUAGCCCAUCUAUCUGAUGCUGUCUGGCCAAAAAGAGUAUGCCAUUGUUGCUGCCCGUAGCAUUGAAUUUAAUAGCAAGGGAAGCUAGCAAGCAUUUUGCCUCCCUUGAUAAUGUUUAAAUUUAAAAAAAAUAACCAAUCAAGCAUUGAGCUAAACUGUGUGAGCUCAAUUGUGAAUGGUCCUGGUGCACCAAAAAAAGUGUCAAUGGAAGCUAGUUUGGAUGUGACUUCACACCAAUCACAUUGCAUCAAAAGCAUUGACGAAAAAAGGUGCAUUUUUGCAUCUCGUUGUGUCGUUGUCCUCCGGUGGCUAGCUAAAAUCGACCCUUGGAGCUUGGAUGGAUAAAAUGAAAAAUUGGAUGGAGAUAAGGAUUUGGACUUGUGGACUUACUGUACCGGCUAGUGAUUAUAACAGUGAUUCAGAUUACAUUUACAUUUACAUUUAAGUCAUUUAGCAGACGCUCUUAUCCAGAGCGACUUACAAAUUGGUGCAUUCACCUUAUGACAUCCAGUGGAACAGCCACUUUACAAUAGUGCAU